AUGGCCGAAAAACGGUGUUCAGCUGCGGCUUUAGACGACGUGAGGGCGAAACAACGGGAUUCGUGCGUGUGCCCGACGUGUGUGCCGUCCGAAAUUCCAGAAGUGGCGCCUGAAAUCGAUCCGACGGCGACGGACUUGAACGGAGUGCCAAACCUAUGGGAAACUGGAUAUCGGUGUAUUAGGUACAUGGGUUAGUGCGCUCCAUCAAUGUUUUUUGUUAUAAAUAGAGCGGAAUUACAGGAACGUGCAACGGCGGACAAGUUUAUCUGGGAAGAGAACGUGGAAAACUGGAAGACUUCGUGGCGAUCAAAAGAUUCAGCAUAGACGACGUGGACGAUUAUGACGAGAUCGCGAGAGAAGUGCGAAACAUGCGGAUGAUGAGCCACGAGAAGAUUCUCGAGGUCAAAAUGUGCUUCGUCUACCACAACUGGGUGUAUCAAAUCACUCCGGCAAUGAACCUCGGCUCGCUUUACGAUAUCGUCGUCAAUUACAAAAAGUGGGGAAUUAACGAAAGAGCGAUGGCCGGAAUCUCGCUUCAAAUCCUAGAUGCGCUUGCCUAUUUGCACGAAAGACGCUAUAUUCACAGGUUAGUCAAGAAUAAUAAUGCAAUGUUGACAUGACAAUACAAUUUUCUUUUUUUUCCAGAGAUCUCAAACCUAGACACAUUCUGAUCGACGACAAGGGAAAUGUGAAACUGACGGGCUUCCGUUACAUGAUUGAGCUGAAAAACCAUUUGGAUUGUGUGUUCGAGUUCGACAAUUGGCUCCAGAAUCAGAUAUACUACCUGGCGCCCGAAGUGCUCGAGCAGAAUAUGCGCGGCUACACCGCCAAGUCCGACAUCUACAUGCUCGGCAUAUCCGUGUGCGAGGCGAUCAACGGAGUUAUGCCGUUCGCGGAGCUCGAGCCGCCCGAAAUGUUGUACCGGAAACUGAACGGGCAGGUUCCUCGUCCUGUUGACGAGAUUAGUCUGAUGGAUGACGAGAAGUUAGGCAUUGAUAUAUGUAAGUGGAAUGGACUUCAAGAAAUCAAAAUCCUCAUUAAAACAUUCCAGCUCAACGCCCCGAAGAGCAUUUACGGCGUCGAUUCUCGCGUGAGAUGCACGCAUUUGUCGAAAAUUGCUUGCUUUUUGAUCCCAAUCAGCGAAAGUCGGCCGUCGAUGCGAAGGAUGCCGCGUGGCUUUCUUUGAAGGCGCACAAAACGCUGAAACCGAGUGAUCUGAGCAGAAAUCUCGAGCUCGAUUACAGUCACUUUAAUCUCAAGUUAUGGGAGCAAGGUAAUUCGAAAAUUCUGGACAUUCUCCGGAAACUGUUCUUUAGAAUUUCAAUAAAAGCAGGGCUGGGCUAUUGGCCAGCACGGGCUUUUCGUUGACCGGCUCUUGACCUGGACCUUUAGACCACUUGCAAUAUUCCGGUCUUUCGGCCCAAUCGGAUGAUCUGGUCCCGAGAUAAGUAUGUAGAUCAUUGGCUGAAAUUGUCCGGAAGCCCGAGCUUUUUGGAAAAAAAUCGGCCAAUGAUCCACAUAUCUCGGGACUCGACGAUCUGAUCGGGCUGAAACUUGGUCCCAAUAGACCUCAAUCCAAGUCGAACAAUCCUGCAAAGUUUGGAUCCGAUCGGAAUAUUGCAAGUGGUUGAAAAGUCCAAGUCAAGGGUCGGCCAACAAAAAGCACGGGCCGGCCAAUUGCCCAGGCCUGAUUAAAAACACUUUUUUAAGUCCUUAAAGUUUCAGAACCUCUCCAGCCGCUACAACCCGAACAAACGUAUGACAUAAAGUUUGACUACUCUUCGAUCUCCUAA